CUUCUCGGGUUUUCCGUUUUUAGGCCGUCGCCCCUUUCUAUGGGGAGCAUGCGCAGCUUCGUGCCGGUGACGGCGCCGCUGCCCUUGGAGUACGGCAAGCCUGCGGGCCCAGUGCUGGUGCCGAGGACCGUGCUGGGCCACUGGCAGGUGCAUCAAGCUUUCGUGGUGCCUUCCGGGCCCACGGUGCAUGUGCCGAACUCGGUGCUCCGCGCGGCACCGCAGGAAACCCGGGCGCCGGUUCCGGCGGAGAAUGCGAGGCCUGCAAUGACGCCCCGCGCGCGCAAGAGUGCGAGUCCACCACGGGAGGAAGGGGCCUCUUGCGGCGGCGGCGGGACGUUGGGCGGAAGGAAGCGGCGCUCCGAAACAACCAGGCCCAAAGUCGAUUGCCGCCGUAGCGCGGAGCUGUUGUCGAGCCGGAAGGCGGCGCCGGAGAAGGAGCGGUCCCCGCCCUGGCCUGUAGCAACACCUCCGCGGAAGGCGAGCGCGGCGAGUAGCAUGUUCCGGGAGGAGGCGCGAGACGCGGCCACGCCCCGGCGCAGCCCAUGGGCGCGCCGAGGUCCCGGCUGUCGGGCUGAGUCUCCUCACGACUGCAUCGCCAGCAGAUCCCCGGAGCCUGAGAUGGACGGGGUCAUGAGAAGGGCCGGCGCAGGUAGGUCUUCUGGGGGCGGCCCAUCCUCCAUUUGCCUGGGGGACCCCGGCCAAUCCAAGCGGCCGCAACGCGCCUUCUCAGCGGACGUUGCGCGCUCCAGCCGCGCCAGGGAGGACUUCCAGGCCAUGCGCCGGGUCACCACCGGCCGGGACUGUGAGGCUUGGAUCGAUGCCUGGGUCAAUUCCAUGGAGCCAGCAGAGCUGCAGAAGUACACGAACUUUCAAGCCGCAGACUUCCAGGAGACCAGCCCCGACCCUCGCGCGCGUAGUCCGCGGGAGUCCGCGCGGUCCAUGCGCGAGGAGGCCCUCGAUAGGGCCCGCUCCCCUCGCGAGGAUGCGGCCCAAAGCGCGCGGUCCCCACGGCGGUCCGAGGCGAGUUGGAGACGCUCCGAGGCGUCCGCGCGCGGCGCCGACUUUCGCGAGACGGCGAGCUGGAGACGCCCCUCCGAGGCUGGCCGGCUCGGCUACGAGGAGCUGGAGGAGGAAAACUGGCGGCUGCGGGAGGAGGUGGGCAGGCUUCGGGGCGAGCUCGAGAAGUACCAAGACUGGUACGCCAAGCUCACCUCCAGCUACUACAACGGGAACGGCUUUCUGAAGUGACGGAUCGGCCCCUGUCGGGUUUGGGAUGACUCGAGCAAAGGACCC